CUCCACGAAAACAAGUUUUGUGCUCAGGAAUUAUCUAUUCCCUACCAACCACUUAAGUUACAAUGAAGUUCCUUUCCACCUUGGGCCUUGCCUCUAUCGUCGUGGCUGCAGCUGCUGUGCCGAUGAAACAUGCGACAAAUAUUGAGACUCGUGACGCCAAGGUCAAAUACGAUAUCUACGACGCGCCUGAGAAGCGUGAUGCCAAGGUCAAAUAUGACAUCUACGACACGCCUGAGAAGCGUGACGCUAAGGUGAAGUACGAUAUCUACGAUGCACCUGAGAAGCGUGAUGCCAAGGUCAAGUACGAUAUCUACGAUGCACCUGAGAAGCGUGACGCCAAGGUCAAAUAUGACAUCUACGACGCGCCUGAGAAGCGUGACGCUAAGGUGAAGUACGAUAUCUACGAUGCACCUGAGAAGCGUGAUGCCAAGGUCAAGUACGAUAUCUACGAUGCACCUGAGAAGCGUGACGCCAAGGUCAAGUACGAUAUCUACGAUGCACCUGAGAAGCGUGACGCCAAGGUCAAAUAUGACAUCUACGACGCGCCUGAGAAGCGUGACGCUAAGGUGAAGUACGAUAUCUACGAUGCACCUGAGAAGCGUGAUGCCAAGGUCAAGUACGAUAUCUACGAUGCACCUGAGAAGCGUGACGCCAAGGUCAAAUAUGACAUCUACGACGCGCCUGAGAAGCGUGAUGCCAAGGUCAAGUACGAUAUCUAUGACGCACCCCAGUAA